UCCAUUUCUGAACUGAAGGGACGCCGCCGCUCUCGCGUAGAGUCCUCGCCUUUUUUAUACACUCAUUUAAGUAAAUAAACUAGGUUCCCUGUCGUACAUUUGGACCAUUGCUUAAAGGUAGCGAGUGAAACAGCAGUUCUUGUUCAUCGCGGUAUGCUGUUUGAGUAGUGGCUGGAACUGUAGCUAGCAUUUUAUUCCCCAUUUUAACUUUAGUAAGCGGCGUUUUCCGCCGUUUUUUUCUUUUCGCCGCCCCGCUCACUCUACCCCCUUGUGUGUGAGUAGGGGCCUGCAACGUUGGUUUGGCCACGAGGCGCGUCGGUACAGUUGGAACAGGGCGAUGGCGGAGUUCGGUAACGGACUGGCGGAGGAAUCCCUACUAGAUUCAGACCCCGGACAUCCUGAGCUGGAAGACCCGGGUGUCGGUGACGAGGAACCGGGGUUAGAAGAAGGAGAGGCCGCAAUUGAAGACCCGGAGCUGGAGGCAAUCAAAGCGCGGGUGAGAGAGAUGGAGGAAGAGGCAGAGAAGCUGAAGGAGCUCCAGAACGAGGUGGAGAAACAGAUGAAUCUCAGCCCCCCACCAGUUGGCCCCGUCAUCAUGUCCAUCGAGGAAAAGAUGGAAGCAGAUGGCAGAUCUAUUUAUGUCGGAAACGUGGACUAUGGUGCCACGGCAGAAGAGCUUGAGGCCCACUUUCAUGGCUGCGGUUCAGUAAACAGAGUCACUAUCCUAUGUGACAAAUACACAGGGCAUCCCAAAGGGUUUGCCUAUAUUGAGUUUGCAGACAAAGAGUCUGUUAGGACAGCCAUGGCUUUGGACGAGUCCCUUUUCAGAGGAAGGCAGAUAAAGGUGGGCGCUAAGAGAACAAACAGACCAGGCAUCAGCACCACAGACCGCGGCUUUCCACGGGCUCGGUUCCGGUCACGGGGAGGAAGCUUCUCAUCGCGUGCACGCUACUACAGUGGCUACACACCACCCAGAGGCAGAGGACGGGCCUUCAGGGGCCGAGGGCGAACAACAUCGUGGUAUUCCCCUUACUAAACACCCCUCCCUCCCCAACACUCCCUUACUAUCAACCCUCUCCCCUCUCUGUUCCCAUUUUAAAAAAAAAAAAACACACAAUGAAAAAAGUCCUCCCCUUCCCCAACAAUAAAAGAAGAGAACCCCAGAAGAGAGAAAAAAGACAAAAAAGGAAAAAAAAAAAAAAAAAAACUUCUCCUGGACAGAGAGACUGACUGGCCGCAGUGUGUGUGUGAGCGUGCGUGUGCGGAGGUUGAUGCGGUCACCCCUGGUAAGGUAUAAGUUGGCCAUUGGGGAAAGAAUACGGUGGCAGAUUUGUUUUUUUGUUGGUUCUGAGGGCGGGAAG